AUGUUAAAUAAUUAUGUAGGUAUUGAGAAGAAGAAAGAGGCAAGUGGAAGCACAAAUGUCUGCGAAGAAGGAAAACAGAAAUUUUGGGAUGAAAUAAAAAAGCAAGUUGAAUGUGGUGAAAACAAAGAAGAUCGUUGGAAGACGACGAUUCUUUGUCGUGCUUUUCAGUUUUGUCCAGUAGAUCCGAAAAUUGUCAAGUAUUUAGUUGAACAUGGAGCAGACGUCUAUUCCAACAACGAAGAUGGUGAAACCGUUUUGUCGAUAGCGACGAGAAAUGGUUUAUUUGAUCUUGUUAAGUAUUUUGUUCAAUAUGGCCCUGAACAUAAUUUUCAAAACGAAUCCAAAGUUCUUCAGGAUGCAAUACAGUCUCGGUCAUUAGAAAUUGUGAAAUAUUUCGUUGAAGAUUGUGGGGCUGAUAUACAUUGUAAAGAUGAUUCGGGAAAUACUGCCUUACAUCAUGCUGUUUAUGUUGGUUGCACAGAAAUUGUCAAGUACUUAGUUAAACAAUGCGGUGCAGACAUGAAUGCUAGGAAUCCAGACGGGGGGACAAUGCUACAACUUGCUGUUACAGAAGGUACGCUAGAAUUGGUGAAAUAUCUUGUUGAACAGGGCGCUGAUGUAAAUGGCCAGGGUACUGACGGGUGGACAGUGCUGCACGCUGCUGUUACAAAAUCUACUCCAGAAGUUGUAAAAUAUCUUGUUGAAAAUGGCGCUGUUGUAAACGGCAAGGAUACUACAGACGGCUGGACAGUAUUGCACUAUGCUGUUUCCUAUAGUUCAUUAGAUAUGAUGAAACAUCUUGUUGAACUGUGGGCAGAUGUAAAUGGCAAAAAGACCGAUGGGUGGACAGUGCUGCAUGAUGCUGUUUCUAAAGGUACGCUAGAAAAGGUAAAAUAUCUUGUUCAAAUGGGCGCUAAUGUAAAUAGUAAGCGCAAUGGCGGGUGGACGGUGCUUUACGAUGCUAUUUCUAAAGGUACGCUAGAAGUUGUAAAAUAUCUAGUAGAAAUGGGCGCUGAUGUGAAUGCCAAGGAUGCCACUUACGAUUGGACAAUGCUUCACUCUGCUGUUACUGAAGGUACGCCAGCAAUGGUAAAAUAUCUUCUUGAAAUGGGCGCUAAUGUAAAUAGCGAGGAUAGUAAGGGAUGGACGGUGCUGCGCCAUGCGAUUUUCAAAGGCACACUAGAAAUAAUAGAAUGUCUUGUUGAACAUGGUGCUAAUGUUAAUGACAGAACUGAAAUGCAAUCAGUUCUGCACUGUGCACUGUGUGUUACUCAAGAUACUUUAGAAAUAGUAAACUGCCCUGCUGAGAAGGGCGCUGAUGUCAAUUGUAAGAAGACUACCGGGGAAACAGUGUUGCACUCUGCUUUUUCUAAAGGCAGGACAGAUAUAGUAAAAUAUCUUGUUCAGAAGGGCGCUGAUGUAAAUGUCAAGAAUACUUACGGGAAGACAGUGCUGCACUCUGCUGUUACUGAAGGUAACUUAGAAAUGGUGAAAUAUCUUUUGGCAAAUGGGGCUGAUGUAAAUGUCAAGAAUACUCACGGAAGGACAGUGUUGCACAGUGUUGUUGUAAAAGGUUUGUUAGAAAUGGUAGAAUAUCUUGUGGAGAAUGGCGCUGAUGUAAAUAGCAAGAAUAUCCACGGGAAGACAGUCCUGCACUCUGCAGUUUCUACAGGUACUUUAGAAAUGGUGAAAUAUCUUGUGGGAAAUGGCGCUGAUGUAAAUGGAAAAAAGAAUAACGGAUGGACAGUGUUGCACAGAGCUGUUGUAAAAGGUUCGCUAGAGAUUGUGAAAUAUCUUGUGGAAAAUGGCGCUGAUGUAAAUGGAACAAAUGCUGACGGGUGGAGAGUUUUGCAUUGUGCUAUUGCAGUUGGUAAAUUAGACAUUGUUCAAUGUCUCGUUGACCAGGGUGCUGAUGUAAAUAGCAUCAAUACUAACGGAGAGACAAUGCUGCACAGUGCUGUAAUAAGAGGUAAGCUUGAAAUAGCUUACUUUUUCGUUGAGAAGGGCGCUGACGUAAAUGCCCAGAGAAAUGACGGGAAGACAGUCCUGCACUCGGCUGUUGCUGAAGGUACUUUAGAAAUGGUAAAAUAUCUUGUCGAAAAUAGCGCUGAUGUAAAUGGAACAGAUCCUGACGGGUGGACAGUUUUGUUUUGCGCUAUUGCAGUUGGUGAAUUAGACAUUGUUGAAUAUCUCGUUGACCAAGGUGCUGAUGUAAAUAGCAUCAAAACUAACGGAGAGACAAUGCUACACAGUGCUGUAAUGGUAGAUGAGCUUGAAAUAGCUUACUUUCUCGUUGAGAAGGGCGCUGACGUAAAUGCCCAGAGAAAUGACGGGAAGACAGUCCUGCACUCGGCUGUUACUAAAGGUGCUGAUGUAAAUAGCAUCAAUACUAACGGAGAGACAAUGCUGCACAGUGCUGUAAUAAGAGAAAUGGUGAAAUAUCUUGUGGGACAUGGCGCUGAUGUAAACGUAAAAAGGAAUAGCGGAUGGACAGUCCUGCACAGUGCUGUUGGAAAAGGUUCGCUAAAAAUGGUAGAAUAUCUUGUCGAGAAGGGGGCUGAUGUAAAUGCCAAGAAUACUCACGGGGGGACAGCGCUGCACUCUGCUGUUUCUGAGGGUACGCUAGAUAUGGUAAAAUAUCUUGUGGGAAAUGGCGCUGAUGUAAAUGGAAAAAAGAAUAGCGGAUGGACAGUCCUGCACAGUGCUGUUGUGAAAGGUUCGCUAAAAAUUGUAGAGUAUCUUGUUGAGAAGGGCGCUGAUGUAAAUUGUAAGGAGACUAACGGGAAAACAUUGAAAACAGUGCUGCACCUUGCUGUUAUUCUAGGUAGGCUAGAAAUAGUAGAAUAUCUUUUUGAAAUGCGGGCUGAUGUAAAUGGCAAAGAUAAUGACGGGGGGACAGUGCUGCACUCUGCUGUUACCGAAGGUACCUUAGAAAUGGUAAAAUAUCUUGUUCAGAAGGGGGCUGAUGUAAAUGCCAAGAAUACUCACGGGGAGACAGUACUGCACUCUGCUAUUUCUGAAGGUACUCUAGAAAUGGUGAAAUAUCUUGUUGAACAAGGCGCUGAUGUAAAUGGCCAGCGUUCUGACGGGUGGACAGUGCUGCAGGCUGCUGUUGCAAAAUCUACUCCAGAAGUUGUAAAAUAUCUUGUUGAAAAUGGCGCUGUUGUAAACAGCAAGGAUACUACGGACGGCUGGACAGCACUGCACUGUGCUGUUUCCUAUAGUUCAUUACAGACGAUGAAACAUCUUGUUGAUCUGGGGGCAGAUGUAAAUGGCAAAAAGACCGAUGGGUGGACAGUGCUGCACUCUGCUAUUUUUGAAGGUACGCUAGCAAUGGUGAAAUAUCUUGUGGAAAAUGGCGCUGAUGUAAAUGGAAAAACGAAUAGCGGAUGGACAGUCAUGCACAGUGCUGUUGUGAAAGGUUCGCUAGAAAUGGUAGAGUAUCUUGUUGAAGAGGGCGCUGAGGCUAGAAAUGGUAGAAUACCUUUUUGA